AUGUCCCUCACCACCCCCACCCCUCCACCGCUCUUGGAAUUCCACCUGCUAGGAACGGGCACCUCCUCCUCCGUACCGUCGAUCCACUGCCUCACCUCCCCUACCGAAGGUUGUCACUGCUGUAGAUCGACCCUGAACGCCAAGGAAGGAACCGACGAGGCUAGGAACGUGAGGAGGAAUACGAGUGGUCUUUUGAGGGUCCCUCCGAGGGUCGGGCAGGAACUUUGGAGGACUGUGUUGGUUGAUGCAAGUCUUUUGAGGUAGUCUGCGUUCCUUCGCAGUACAGAAACUUACUAUUACGUACCUCAUCUACCCCCCUCCCCUCCUCAUCUCCCCAUUCCGCCGCAUACCCUCAUCACCUCAUUAUCGUCCUUGCCCACUCUACUCAUCCGCCAUCAUCCAGUGCGGCAAAACCUUCUACGCCGCCGCAUUGGAACACUGGCCCAAACACCACCUCCGACAAAUAGACGCUUUACUCAUCACCCAUGCUCAUGCCGUACGUUCGCGCGUUUUCUCCCAACGGUCCCUCCCUGUAAUCCAUCUCGUAAAAUCCGGAACUGACUUUUUUCUCGCUUUUCUUACCCUUUCAGGACGCCUUUCUAGGCCUUGACGAUCUUCGAGGUUGGACACUACACGGCUCGAUCCAAAAAUCGAUCCCUAUUUAUGCGACACAGGAUACGUACGAUGAGAUUGCGAGGGUGAGUCGGCAAGACAAGAGGGGGGGGGGGGGGGGUGGGGGAGAGCGCGUCGGUUUUUUUCGUGGUCGAGGAAAGGUUUUUCAUUCGCGACAGAUCUCACAGGGGGCCGCGGAGGGGUUUUGGAUUUUGGAUGAGAUUCGUGAGGAUCGUUGACUGAAACGCUUUCAUAUACACGCAGUGCUUCCCCUACCUAGCCGACCGCUCCAAAGCGACCGGAGGAGGCGACGUACCCGCGUAAGCCCACUCUUUCCUCCCCCCUUCACCCCCAAUACUAAACAACCCCCCCCCCCCCCCCCUUCUUCUUCCAGUUUCGAAUGGCACAUCAUCACCCCCCUCGUCCCGUUGCACCUCUUCGGCAUCGAGAUCGUGCCCCUCCCCGUCCACCAUGGGAAAAUCUUCUCCGACCCUCCCAGACCUUAUCUUUCCUUGGGGUUCAUGUUCGAUCGCGAGAUCGUCUACAUCUCUGACGUAUCCUACAUCCCCGAAGAAACGUGGCAAGUCCUAGAAGGACCUUCCACCUUUCAGAACUCUGACGCCCCUCGAACGAACGAAGUACUCGGCUCGUUCUCCCUCCCUUCCGAACCCCCCCGCCGCCGCCCGACGCUCUUGAUCCUCGAUACGCUCCGUUCGACAACCUUCACCUCCCAUUUCGGUAUCGGCGAAGCCAUCUCGACCAUACGUCGGUUAAAACCCCUACGUACCUACCUUAUCGGAUUCGCUCACGGUACCUCUCAUUCAACCUGGGUUCGAACCUGUUCCCUCAUUUCCAGCGGUCAGAUCUCUCCUUCCCAACGCUCACUCGUCAUCCCCUCCGAAUCCAAACCCAACGACGAACCGCAAGGUCUCCCCUGUCCACCCCCAAUCGGACCCUGUCCCAAUUCGAUCCAUCUCCUCCCACCUCCCUCCCAAUCCUGGUUAGCCAUCUCCGGAACCCUUCACAAAGGUCUCGAAGAUCCGCUAGUUCACUCCGAAUGGGCAUUAAGCAUCAUCGACGCUUUCGAACCUUCGAAAAAAGGGGUCAAGUGUUGGGUUCGUCCAGGUGCGGAUGGUUUGGUGCUCAAGGUGUUCGAGGAAGAAGAAGAAGAAGGAGGAGGAGGACGGGUUCGAGAUCGGAGGGUUUGGGAUGGGUUGUACGAUACUACUUAG